UGUCGAGAGGGUGGAUCCAGGCUCUUCUUGGUGGUGCCGAGCAAUGGGACCAGAGGCAAUGGGCAGAAACCGAGGUAUAGGAGGUUUCACCUGGAUGUGGGGAAGAACUUUACAGUGGGAGUGACCUGGAACAGGGUGCCCAGAGAGUCUGUAGAGUCUCCCUCACUGGAGAUGUUCAAGAACUGCCUGGACCCAAUCCUGUGCCAUGUGUGCUUGGAUGACCCUGCUCGAGCAGGGAGGUUGGAGCAGAUGACCACUGUGGUCCUUCCAACCUUCCCCAUUCUGUGAUUCUGAGAAUAAUCAAACUGAAAUCUCAAACUGGUUACCACUGGUCACUUGUUAUGACCUUCCCUCACUGCUAUGAAGGUGACCACUGAAUCCUUAAGAAAGUGGUGGCGAACUUGAGAUUUUAUAUUCUGAAUUAUGGAAGUAUUUCUUUGGGGCAAAACUUUUCCAGAAUUUAUGCUUUUAUGUCACUUAAGAUAUUUUUGAUUCAGCAGUUAUAAAAAAAAAAUUACAUGCGCAGUGAAAGCCAUUUAGAGAAAAGAAGUAAAAGGCUGCAGCCUUUUGUCUCCUGUUCAUCUGUCACUCAGCUGGGGAUGGAUGAUGAUGUCAGCGAUGGAGGCCCCCGCCGCCAGCGCGGUGCACCUGAGUGACUGGCAGGAAAGUCACUUUGCUGUCACCUCUGGCACCUGCACGCCCGGGCAGAAGGCAGACGGAUACCGUGCCAAGAUCCUGCGCAUUCAGUAUGCAUGGGCAAACUCGGAGAUCUCCCAGGUCUGUGCUGCCAGCCUGUUCAAGAAGUACGCAGAGAAAUACUCCGCGAUUAUCGACUCUGGCAACGCAGAGACUGGCGUGAACAACUACGCGGAAAACAUUUUGACUUUGGCAAAAUGUCAGCAAAGUGACAGUGACAAGUGGCAAUCUGCCUUGACAACAGAGAACGUGUUUGAAUUGAAGUGUGUGCGAGAGAGGAUGCAGGCUGGCAAAAUUUUCCGGAGCUCUCAGAUGGCACCGACAGAUGCCCGUGUACGAGGUGAUAAAGGGGUCAGCGCCCCCACGGCUCCAGCUCUUCCCAAACUCCAUGUCUUGGGCAGUACCAGGGAGACUGAGCUCACUGCUGGCUCAGCAAAGUGUGUGAGUCAGGGACCAGAUCUUCUUGGGCAUCCCUCAUCUUCCAAGUCCCUUCAUGGCAGUGUGCCUCCUGUGACCAGAGCUCCAGACACACUUCCUGCCGCUUCAGCCUCCUUAAGCAAGCAGGUUCUUCCAGGUUUCCAGGCAACUCCGCUCUUUGGAAGUAAAGAAGCCACUAAUAGUGGUUCUCUGAAAAUGUCAGGUAACUGUUGUGAUGGACAAAAUUCAUCUCUUUUCAACCAGUCAGCUGUACCUGCCUGGUCUGCAAAUUCAGGGAAAAGAAAAGCAUUCUAUGGUCUGGCUGAUGAAGGCAGCACAGCUGUUCCUAGCCUUGCUCCAUGUCAGGCUUCCAUUUCUACAGAAACAAAUGGUUUUUCAGGGCAGAGAAACAGGAAUGAAGAGAGCAGUGCUCCUGGGUUUAAAACUGCAAAGGAACAGCUGUGGAUGGAUCAGCAAAAGAAAUCUCAAAACCAGCGUGCACCAGUUUCAUCAUAUGGAGGCAUAAAAAAAUCCCUGGGUGCAGGCAGGUCUCGGGGUCCGUUCGGCAAGUUUGUGCCUCCAGUUCCGAAACAAGAUGGAAGUGAAAAUGGAGGAGCGCAGUGUAAGCCUCACGUAGGGGAAUCAACAGACCCGUUGCUGCCUGUGGAUGAGCGGCUGAAAAACAUAGAACCAAAAAUGGUUGAGCUCAUCAUGCACGAGAUCAUGGACCACGGGCCUCCGGUCAUCUGGGAUGACAUUGCUGGGGUUGAGUUUGCCAAAGCCACCAUAAAAGAAAUAGUGGUGUGGCCCAUGCUGAGACCGGACAUCUUCACCGGCUUGCGUGGGCCUCCGAAGGGAAUUCUGCUCUUUGGCCCCCCUGGGACUGGCAAGACCCUCAUAGGCAAGUGCAUCGCAUGCCAGUCUGGAGCAACUUUUUUUAGCAUCAGUGCCUCCUCUCUGACUUCCAAGUGGGUGGGUGAGGGGGAGAAGAUGGUCCGUGCGCUGUUCGCUGUGGCGCGCUGCCAGCAGCCAGCCGUGAUUUUCAUUGACGAGAUCGAUUCCCUGCUGUCCCAGCGCGGAGAGGGGGAGCACGAGUCGUCCAGGAGAAUAAAAACUGAAUUUCUGGUGCAGUUAGAUGGGGCAACGACCUCCUCUGAAGAUCGUAUCCUGGUGGUUGGAGCAACAAAUCGACCCCAGGAAAUUGAUGAAGCUGCGCGAAGGAGACUGGUGAAGAGACUGUACAUCCCUCUCCCAGAAGCCUCCGCCAGGAAGCAGAUUGUCACCCGGCUGAUGGCAAAGGAGCACUGCUCUCUGAGUGAAGAGGAAAUCAAACUCAUAGUCCAGAAAACCGAUGGGUUUUCUGGGGCAGACAUGACCCAGCUGUGUCGGGAAGCCUCUCUGGGCCCUAUCCGCAGCCUGCAGUCCAUGGACAUUGCAACCAUCACGCCGGAGCAGGUACGGCCCAUCUCGUUCCUGGAUUUUGAGAGUGCCCUGAGGACAGUGCGGCCCAGCGUGUCCCCCAAGGACCUGGAGCUCUAUGAAACCUGGAACCAGACCUUUGGCUGCGGCAGAUGAGCUGCAUCAC